CUCAACUACCAGUCCGGAGGAGGAGGAGGAGGAGGAGCAGGAUUGUAGGACACAGAGAGACUGCUAGUUGAGUCUCUAAGUGCUUCUCCCACCACCGCCAUUUGAAUCAAUGCUACUUUCUUAUCAAUUUCAUUUUUUCUUAUCAGACGAAACCCAGAGGCCUAAUUGUUUCCCACCAUAAUUUGUUACCAUGGAAGAAGCAGAUAAUUAUGAUCAACGUGGGCCUCUUCUUCCUUCUUCUUCAGUUUCUACUUCUCGAGUCGACGAAGAACAUGGAAGGAUUGACCAACCACAAAAUCAGGAUAAUUCUCACCACCAACACAACCAUCAAUCUUCUUCUUCUUCUUCUUCUUCUUAUCGAGUAAAUAUAUCCAUAUCUGAUGUUGCUCCCAGCCAGAUUAGAGAUGAUGUAUGGUCAUGCCUUGCUGUUCUCCUCACUUUUUGGUUCUUUGCGUCCAUGACUCUGAUUCUUGGAUUCUACGGGUCUGUGAACUUGCAGUUGGGCCCCAAUUCCUCAUGCCUUGUCAAAACCAAUCCUUUAUUCGUUCAAUCUAUUAAGGUGCAGCAGCUAGAUGAGCCAAAACCUGGGCCAGUGCUAUAUGGAUUUUACAAAAAUCCACCCCUGGAUGUUGAAAUCACUUGGACUGAAACACACAAUUCAGUUGUGCCUAUUGAUUUUCACAAGGAAUGGGCACACUUCCUAAAUAAAGGGUCUAAGGUCGAUAUCUUUUAUUCUAUAAAAUCCUCAAGUUCCUCAGCUUUGUCCCUUGUAAUUGCUCAAGGUAGGGAAAGCCUUGUGGAGUGGAUAGAUGACCCUUCAUAUCCUAAUUCAACUUUGUCUUGGAAUAUUAUUUAUGGAACUGGCAAAAUCCAACAAGAAAUUUUGAAGUCUUCAAAUUAUUAUAUAGCUGUGGGGAAUCUGAACUCCAAGGAUGUGGAGGUAGAGUUGAAAUUUGUGAUUAAGGCUUUCAUUUAUAACACAAGUCAGGCGUAUUACAUGUGCUCCGUCAGUCACAGUCUAUGCAGUUGGAAGAUAUAUCUCCUUGGGACAAGUGUAGCUGUCUUAACAUCUCCAGGUCCUAAAGAGGAUUCUUCAGAUGACAACUGGUAUGUCAAAGUAUCUUAUGGACCGAGAUGGAUCACAUACUUCAUUGGAUCAGGCGUGAUGACAAUCCUCAUCUUGUUAACCUUGAGAUUUCUUAAUAUUUUCCAAGCUUCUGAUAGAGACGGAAAUCAAUCAAGAGAGACAAGAUCUGAACGAGCCCCAUUGCUCUCACCCAAAGAUGAUAUCUCAAGUCAGGGUUCAUCUUACGAUUCUAUCUCACAGGAUGGGCAGGAUCUGGAUGAGUUACUUGCAGUGAAUUCAUCACUCGAAGGGAAAGCACUAGCACAAGGAGAAAAUCUCUAUCGUCUAUGUGCCAUUUGCUUUGAUGCCCCAAGAGAUUGCUUCUUUCUUCCAUGUGGGCAUUGUGUAGCUUGUUUUACCUGUGGAACAAGGAUAGCAGAAGAGGCUGGUACUUGUCCCAUAUGUCGCAGAACCAUUAAGAAAGUGAGGAAGAUAUUUACAGUUUGAGAAGUUUAUCUGAGCAAUUAUUACGUAGACUCUCCCUAGCUAGCAAUACAAUUCUUGAUGAUCCACUGUAAAUUUUUUUCUUUUCUCUCUCUCUCUCUCUUCUUCACUUGAUGCAAUUUUUGUAGAAAAUGAUCAUUUGAUGUAGAAUUGUACAAACAUGAUUAGCCCCAAGUAAAAAAAGAAGGGUUUGAGAAAGAGGCAAGAGAUAGACAAGCUGUCCAUGCAAUUUCAAUCAUUGUUUUUUGAUGGUAGAUGGGAAGAGAAGGGAAAUCGAGGAAAGGAAGGAAAUGAGUGAAAAGGAAAAGGCUAGGCCACUUGUAUUGAUUGUCUCAUGAAUAAUGAAGCAAGUUAUAUUUGCUUUAA